UUGAUCCAAAGUAAUGAACAUUUUCCAAAUAUGUUACCAGGCCAUAUAAUUAAAAAAAAAUUGACACUUGAAGUGACUUUGAAGUUUGACAUUGACAUCAUAUAGGCCGCUGCACCUAUAUUAGACAUAUACAAAGUUACUAAAAAUCAAAGGAUAGUUUUACCUAAGGACAUGUAUUAACUUGGCCCAAUAAUUGUAUUCUAACAGUGGCAAUUUGAAUCUACAUUUUAUGUAUUCAUAAAGGUGCCGCCUGGGGUAAACUAAAAUGAAUGGUAUUAAGCCCCAGUUAGUUGAUUUGAAAAAAUAACAAGAACUUCCUUAAACCUGUUAAAUUUUAAUAUUUAAUUCGUAAUAAUGUGACUACAACGCAUUAUUAUGUAAUAUUUACGCAAAUAUAAAAUUUAAUCUAUUUGCUUUGGUUGUGAUGUUAUUUUUUACCCCGAUAUGGGAAAGUUCAGCACAUACAGGUAUUUAGAGUUAAAAGAUAGCAGCUCUUCAGGGCCAGUGAGCUCGAGGGGCAUCUCACUAAAGCGGCCGCGCCGUCUCAAGCGGGUCUUCAUCCUGCUCAUAGUGGUGGCCGUCUGCGGGACUUACCUCAUGGGACUGCUGGCGGGUCAGCCGCGCUGGUUGGACGGGCUGGCCAAGAGUCUGGGUUACGAGAGUGCGCACCAUUACGCCGUGGUCAUCGAUGCAGGCUCCUCCGGCACCAGGGUGCUCGCCUACAAGUUCCGUGUUCCCUUCGCAGUAUUCGGUGAGCCGAGCUUGGACCUGGUAGAGGAAUACUUCGAGCAAUCCAAGCCAGGUCUGUCUUCAUACGUGGACGAUCCAGAGAAGGGCGCGGAGAGCGUGGUGAGACUAGUGCGCAAGGCGGAGGUGCUGACGCCGGUGGCGGAGCGUUCGCGCACGCCGCUCCUGGUGCGCGCCACCGCCGGCCUGCGUCUGCUGCCGCCGCACAAGGCGCAGCGCCUGCUCGACCACGUCGCCCGCGCGCUCGCACGGAUGGGGUACGCGGCGGCCGAGGGCGGUGCCGACGUGCAAAUCAUGGACGGGUCCGAUGAGGGCGUCUUCAUCUGGUACACCCUCAACCUGCUGCAUGAUCUGAUGUCGGGCGAGACGAUGGCCGCGCUGGACCUGGGCGGCGGCUCGACGCAGAUCACCUUCCAGCUGGAGGCGGAGGAAGCGGAUGAGGCGGCGCGCGCCGAGCCCGCGGACACUCGCGUCGUGCGCGCCGGCGCCGCCAACCGCACGCUCUACACGCACAGCUACCUGCGCCUCGGCCUGCUGGCGGCGCGCCACGGCGUGCUGCGCCGCGAGGCCGCCGCCGACCGCGACAACUUCACCACCGUCUGCGCCGACCCCAUCGUGCAGGCCGAGCCCUGGACCUACGCCAACCGCCGCCACCUCGUCAGCGGCGCGCCGCGCCCGCCCGCCAUGAAGCGCGAGGCCGCCUACGAGCGCUGCCACGCCCUCGUGCGCGCCCACACGCUGGCCGAGCUGGGCCGCCCGCCGCCGCGCGCGCCGCCCGCCGCCGCCGCCAUGAGCUACUUCUACGACGUGGCGGCCGACGCCGGCCUCAUCGACGUGAUGGCGGGCGGCCGCGUCUCCGUGGCGCAGUACCGCGCCGCCGCCGUGCGCGCCUGCUCCGCCGCCAACGUGGACCAGCCCUGGGCCUGCCUCGACCUCACCUUCGUCACCGCGUUGCUGCACGACGCCUACGGCAUCCGCGACGACGACAGCGUCUCGUUGUUCAAGAAGGUGAACGGGCACGAAGUGUCGUGGGCGCUGGGGCUGGCCUACACCACGGUGCGCGCCCGCCUCGCCGCCGCGCCCCACGCGCCCCACGCGCCCCCCGCACCCGGCGCGCCCGCCGCCUAA